GUGAGUACUCAGGAUCUACCUUUCACGUGUCAUCAUCAGCUGCAAAACAAGACAUCAAGGAUGCCAUUGAAAACUAUGGGGUGCAGGAUAAAUAUAUUUUAGAAUCUACCAACUUGAUAGAAAAAACAGCAUAUGAAAAUCAGACUGACAAAGCAGAAAUUUCACAUCACAAAGCCCUAGCAGAAAAUGAGGAAUCGCACAGUGCUGACAAGCACAUAAUUCCAAAACCUUGGGAAGAAAGAUACGAAAGAAUUUGGGUUGAAAAUGAGAAAAGGGAAUUGAAAACAAAUUUUAAAAACAUUACAGCAGAGCUGAAGCAGCUGUUUGGUGAAAUUAAUGAAACUGGGAAAACUACUUCCCUUGUGGAAGAAAUGUCAGAAGAUGGCUUCAGUGAAGAAUUGAAGAGUUCUCGUGUUGUUUUAUCUUGUGCAAGAGAAUCAAGUAAUAAGUUAGAAAGUAAAGGUGAAUUUGGAGAUAUUAAAGUUAUGCUAGGUGGAAAAGUACCCAAAAUGGAAAUUGUAAUUCCAAGUCUUGGUGUCAUUCCUGAUCAAAAUAACUUAAAUGCAAAUGUGGAAGAUAUCUGGAGUACUGAUGAAGAAGAUAGCACAAACAGUACAGGUAAUACAAAGGUGCCUCUAGCAAAAGGAGAGGAAAAGAAAAUGCAUACUAUGGAAACAGAAGAGAAUGCAAAUGGAAGUAGUAGAAGUGUAGAGGGAAGGCCUGAAUACUUCCCAAGACAAGGCUUAAAAGCAAGUAUUUCAGAUGACAUUUCUAAUAUUCUUCCUAAAGUAAGACCUGUUUCUACAAGUGAUGAAAAAGCACUUUUUGCAACAGAAAGGAAACCUGGGAAAGACUCUGGAUUUAAUGAUGGUGUUCCCAGGGACUGCCUUAUCGACAAUAAUAAAAUAGGAGAAACAGAAAUUGAAAGUCUUUUUGAAAAUGCUCAGCAAUCAUGUGGCAUGCUGAAAAGGAAUAUCGAUGAAGAACUAAAACAAGAUUUGGAAAGAUUUAAGAGUAAGGUAGGAAUGCUGCAAAUACUAUUCCUGUCUUUGGAGAAAGAGAAGGUGCAGCUGCAAAAAGAGGUUGAGCUGGAAAAAAGCAAAGAAAGAUGUUUCAAAACACAGGAGGUGGCAAAACAGGAAAAUCUUGAUAAAUUAAAUACACCACCAGGCAACGUUACUGAUCAGCAAAUGAAACAAAAGCUUACUCUAAGGAAGAAUGACUGUUUGAAAAUGGAGAAUGAAAACGCUAUAGAAGAAAAAGACAAAAAGAAUUUAGAAGAAAAAGACAAAAAGAAUUUUUCACCUGAGGAGAGACCAAAAUUGAUUAAAAUGCCAAUGAAAGGUAAAUUUGCCCUGAAUGCCAAAGUUGCAAAGAAAAAUAAAAGACAGACUUCAAAGCAGAAGGCUAAUCAGCAGAUGAGCUCUUCCAGUGGCAAUCACUUUCAAGUACUGGAUGAUAGCACUUUCAGUGAAACGUCUCAAGAUGAUGGAAGACUUGCAGCAAAAACAGGGAGUGAAAAGAACAAGGUCAGCAUACAGAUGGAUGUAACUGAUGACCUUGAUUUAACUCACUCAUCUGACACAACUUCAGAGGAUGUUGAAUUGCCAACUUCAAUCUACAAAGAGGCUAUGUUGCUGUUAGAACAGCUGAGUGUGGAUCAUACGGGUUCUGCUGUUUUGUUGAAAAUUCAGAACAUACUUCUUGAAUAUGAACAGAUAAUAGAACAUGAAAAAAAUCGGUAUACAGCUGUCUGGAGAGCAGUAAGGAAACUGGAAAGUGAAAAGGAGGAGUCACAAUUAAUGGUGGAAGAGACUAAAGAUUUGAAAUCCAUAUUGGCUCACCAAGAAGUAGAAUGGAAAAGUGAUAUCCAAACCCUUAAAUUUACUUUGAAACAAGAAGAGGAAAAGAGACUCAGAGUAGAAACACUAUAUGAGAAAACAAGAGAAAAACUCAGAAGAAAAGAAGAUCAAUGUUGUAAAGAGAUGGAGGAGAAACAGCAACUUGAGUUACACUCAAGGAAUUUAGAAAUGGAAUUGUUAACGUUGAGAAAGGUCUUGAAACAGGUUGAAGAAGAGCGUGAUGAAACGCAGAGGCAGCUCUCUCAGGAAAAGAGUGCCAGAGCCCUGCAAGAAGGAAUUUUGAACAACCACCUUUGGAGACAGAAGGAACUAGAAGAAGAGACAAGAACCAUAGGAAAAAAUGCAGAGGAAUCCGACACCGAGAGAGAAAAGGAUCUCCUGUACAAAAAUCAGUUACUACAAGAUGAGAUUGCUAUGCUAAGACUAGAACUUGAUCAAGUACGACUUAGGCACCAAGAGGAAAAAGGAAAAUAUUUAGAGGAAACUGAGACCUUGAAAGAAAAGAAUGAAGAUCUCAAAAAGGAACUUAAACUGAACGAGGAAGCCUUAACACAAACAGUUUUUCAGUACAAUGGACAGCUGAACUUAUUAAAGACAGAAUCUGCAGUGCUGACUUCCAAACUUGAGCAGACAAAAGAAAGCAAAGACAGACUAGAGACAGAAAUUGAAUCAUUUCGUUCCCGCCUGACCACUGCCGUUCAAGAACUUGAACGUCAUCAGUCAACAAAAAGUGAUGUCGAACGAACGUUUCAGAGAGAACGUGAUGAAUGGCUUCGCUUGCAAGACAAGCUUCAUCAUGACCUCUCUGAUGUGCGAGAAACCAACAAGAGCUUAUCUCAGCAGCUGAGUAAAGCUGAAAGCAAAGCUAAUAGUCUAGAAAAUGAGCUUCACCAGUUGAAACAAAUGCUCAGAGAAAAAACAUUGCUUUUAGAAAUGACACAAAAAGAAUUAAGUCAAGCCCAAUGUCAGGCAAAGGAAUGUGAUCAUGCUCGACAACUUGAGAAAGAUCAAGUAAGCAAAUUUAUAAUAAAGCAGGAAUCCAUGCAGGAGCGUUUGGCCCAGCUCCAGAGUGAAAACCUUUUACUCCGUCAGCAACUGGAAGAUAUGCAGAACAAGGGGAUCAUCAAAGAAAAAGUAGUGAAUGAUGUGCAGGACCGAUUUAAUGAUAUUUUCAACAAACUCAGAGCUGAUACUGAAAAGCAAGUUUACCUAGUAGAAGAGAGAAACAAGGAAUUAAAUGCCAAGUGUACUGAUUUACGAGACCAAGUCUUUAAAUAUGAGACUGACAAAGUAGAAAGAGAGGGCAUGGUCAGACAGCUGCAGCAGGAGCUUGCUGAUGCGCUUAAAAAGCAAUCUAUGUCAGAAGCUUCACUUGAAGUUACUACGCGUUACCGCAGUGACCUGGAGGAAGACAAAUUACGCUUGCAAAAGGAACUGGAAAAGGUUAAAACCAAGGUGCAUAAUGUCU